UUUCAUUUGAGGCAGUGUUUUUAAACACAAGAGGGCGGGCACCCCUCCGACAGGAAAGAAAGAGGCCAUUUGGGAUUGGGAUUGGGAAUACGGAUUCAAGAUCAACCAAGUUUAGGGUUCAAAAGUACGCAUUAGAAAAUGGCAGAAUCUGAGGAUAUUCAGCCCCUCGUCUGUGACAAUGGGACUGGAAUGGUCAAGGCUGGAUUUGCUGGAGAUGAUGCUCCAAGGGCUGUAUUUCCUAGUAUUGUGGGUCGCCCUCGACACACCGGUGUGAUGGUUGGCAUGGGCCAGAAAGAUGCCUAUGUAGGAGAUGAAGCUCAAUCCAAGCGUGGUAUCUUGACUUUGAAGUACCCGAUUGAGCAUGGAAUUGUUAACAACUGGGACGACAUGGAAAAAAUUUGGCACCAUACCUUCUACAAUGAGCUCCGUGUGGCCCCAGAAGAGCACCCAGUUCUUCUCACAGAAGCUCCUCUCAACCCCAAGGCCAAUCGUGAGAAAAUGACCCAGAUCAUGUUUGAAACCUUCAACGCACCUGCCAUGUAUGUUGCUAUACAGGCUGUUCUGUCCCUUUAUGCCAGUGGUCGCACAACUGGUAUUGUUCUGGACUCUGGGGAUGGUGUCAGUCACACAGUACCCAUUUACGAAGGCUAUGCCCUGCCACAUGCAAUCCUGCGUCUUGACUUGGCAGGCCGUGAUCUGACAGAUGCCCUCAUGAAAAUCUUGACCGAGCGUGGUUACUCUUUUACCACCACUGCAGAGCGUGAAAUUGUGAGGGACAUGAAAGAGAAGCUAGCCUAUAUUGCUCUUGACUACGAACAAGAACUAGAAAUGGCAAAGACCAGCUCAGCUGUGGAGAAGAGCUAUGAGCUUCCUGAUGGGCAGGUAAUUACCAUAGGGGCUGAGAGAUUCCGCUGCCCGGAAGUCCUCUUCCAGCCGUCUAUGAUAGGGAUGGAAGCUGCUGGCAUACAUGAAACCACAUACAACUCGAUAAUGAAGUGUGAUGUGGAUAUUAGGAAGGAUUUAUAUGGCAAUAUUGUCCUCAGUGGUGGUACCACUAUGUUCCCUGGAAUUGCUGACAGGAUGAGCAAGGAGAUUACUGCAUUGGCUCCAAGUAGCAUGAAGAUUAAGGUGGUUGCUCCACCUGAGAGGAAGUACAGUGUCUGGAUUGGUGGCUCUAUUUUGGCAUCCCUAAGCACCUUCCAGCAGAUGUGGAUUUCGAAGGCAGAGUACGACGAAUCUGGGCCAUCGAUUGUUCACAGGAAAUGCUUCUAAAUUGCAAGAAGGAAGAGGUUGAUGAUGUCUUCUUGAUGACGAGAUUUAUGCAUUUGGUAUUACGGAGACGGUUCUCUGCAGAACGUGUUGCCUUUGAUUUCCAAUGUUUUUGGUUUUGGUAUUCAUUCUCUCUGUUCUUCAUUUUCUUUACAAGGAAAAAUGGGCAUUGGUAGUGAAAUCCCAAAAUACUGAUAAUUCAAUUUUUUUAAUUGAUAUCUUUCUCUGAAGAGUUCUGUAUUUGAAAUGCUCUUAUGAUUUGGUUUGUAAAGGGGUCAAAUGCAAUAAGAAUAUGUCCUUUUAUGUGAAUAUUUCUGUCCAAGCCCGCCCAUGA